AUGGCCGCCUCCACCCUGUCCAUCUGCUCCAGUGACCUGAGCUAUGGCAACCGUGUCUGCCUGCCCGGUUCCAGUGACUCUUGCACCGACUCCCGGCAGGUGGACGACUGUCCAGAGAACUGCUGCCAGCCCUCCUGCUGUGUCCCCAGCUGUUGUCCAUCCUCCUGCUGUGUCCCCAGCUGCUGCCAACCCUCCUGCUGUGUCCCCAGCUGCUGCCAGUCCACCUGCUGUGUCCCCAGCUGCUGCCAGCCCUCCUGCUGUGUCCCCAGCUGCUGUGCCCCAGCCCCCUGCCAGACCCUCGUCUGUGCCCCAGUGAGCUGUGUGUCCAGUCCCUACUGCCAGGCAAUCUGUGGGCCCAGCCCCUGCCAAUCAGCCUGCACCAGCUCCUGCACACCCUUGUGCUGCCAGCAGUCUGGCUGCCAGCCCUCCUGCUGCACCUCCUCCCCCUGCCAGCCCUCCUGCUGCACCUCCUCCCCCUGCCAGCCCUCCUGCUGUGUGCCCGUCUGUUGCAAGCCCGUCUGCUGCACACCUGUCUGCUGCAAGCCCGUCUGCUGCACACCUGUCUGUUGCAAGCCCGUCUGCUGCACACCUGUCUGCUGCAAGCCCGUCUGCUGCACCCCCUGCCCCUCAUCCUGCUGCAGACCCUCCUCCUGCAUGUCCGUCAUCUGCCGCCCUGUGUGCAGACCUGCCUGCUGCGUGCCCGUCUCCUCCUGCUGUGCCCCCACCUCCUCCUGCUGCCAGCCCAGCUGCUGCCGCCCGGCCUCCUGUGUGUCCCUCAUCUGCCGCCCCGUGUGCAGACCUGCAUGCUGUGUCCCUGCCUCAGCCCAGAAGUCCUGCUGCUGA